CCCAUGAUGAUGCCAUCUGGACAGCAGCGUGGGGAAAAAGCCAAGUGGACGGCUCUGAAACCAUCGUCACUGGUUCUCUUGAUGAUAUGGUGAAAGUGUGGAAAUGGUGUGAUGAAAAGCUGGAGCUGCAGUGGACGCUGGAGGGCCACCAGCUGGGGGUGGUAUCAGUGGACAUUAGUCAUAAUGGAGCCAUUGCUGCCUCCAGCUCCCUGGAUGCACACAUCCGCCUCUGGGACCUGGAAUCAGGAAAACAGAUCAAGUCCAUGGACGCUGGACCAGUUGAUGCGUGGUCUGUCGCCUUUUCACCCGACUCCAAACACAUCGCCACAGGAAGCCAUCAUGGUAAAGUCAACAUCUUUGGUGUGGAAAGUGGAAAGAAGGAAUAUUCUUUGGACACACGAGGAAAAUUCAUCCUAAGUAUAGCUUAUAGUCCUGAUGGGAAGUAUUUGGCCAGCGGAGCUAUUGAUGGAAUCAUCAACAUCUUUGACAUUGCCACUGGGAAGCUGCUCCACACACUCGAAGGUCACGCCAUGCCCAUCAGAUCUCUCACCUUCUCUCCAGACUCACAGCUGCUGGUCACAGCCUCUGACGACGGCUACAUCAAGAUAUACGAUGUGCAACAUGCCAACCUGGCCGGCACGCUGAGUGGACAUGGAUCCUGGGUUCUUAAUGUUGCCUUCUCCCCUGAUGACAUCCACUUUGUCUCCAGUUCGUCUGACAAGAGUGUGAAGGUUUGGGAUGCAAGUUCCAGGACUUGUAUCAACACUUUCUUCGACCAUCAAGACCAGGUGUGGAGUGUAAAGUACAACAGCAACGGCUCAAAGAUUGUCUCCGCUGGCGAUGACCGCGCCAUUCACAUCUACGACUGCUCGUCCUGAUGAAGAGCAGUGAGCAGGAUGAUAUACUCAGAGGUCGACCAAAUCAUGGAGUUGAAUUUGGUAAAUUUAGGAGGUGCGGAAGUUUUGUAAAUGUGAUUUUUUUUUUUUUUUUUGCACUGGCUGAAAAUAAAAAGAUUUGUUUUGGU